CCAAUCAAAAGCCAAGGCCGAAAUUCACUUCCUGUUUUUAGCUUAGCCCUUGACAGGCGCGUGGAUUGACACUGAUAAUGUUAUAGGCGCUAACAUCAUGAGUAUUCUCAAUCGCUGUAAUAAACUGGUAUCGUCGGCGUUUAAAAGAAGCGUUUUUGCGGAACAAACGGGUGUUUUUAGAAGAGUCUGCCCGAUUCCCAAAGCUCGGUGUCACAGCUUCUGUCUCACUCGACAAUUCACACCGAAUUUAGCCUCAUGUCAGCGUCGUCGUUUUCAACAAGUUUUCACUUGUCAUCUAGACACAAAAAGAUGUUAUUCAGAGAUGUAUAGUGGAAGUACUAAUUCAGACAAGGGCACUGAUAUGUCUUCCGAGGACUCACAUGAGAUGGACAGUGACAGUCGAGCCCCGAGUCUAAGACCCUCAGAGACUUUCAGUCUUGAUGUGCUGGUGUCUCUGCUGCGUCAGGAAAACGCAGUGGACAUCUGUGUGAUUGAAGUUCCAGACCAGAUCAAAUACGCUGAGUACUUCAUUGUCGUCAGUGGUGUAUCACCGAGACACCUCCGAGCAAUGGCACUUUAUGCUAUCAAAGUGUAUAAGUUUCUGAAGAAAGAUGGAGAUCCAAAUGUCAAGAUAGAGGGGAAGGAUGCAGAGGACUGGAUGUGUAUUGACUUUGGUAAUAUGGUUGUUCACUUCAUGAUGCCAGAGACCAGAGACAUCUAUGAACUAGAGAAACUCUGGACUCUCCGUAAGUAUGAUGAGCAGCUGAGGAGCAUGCCUGCUGAGAUACUACCAGAAGACUUUGUAUAUGAUGCUGACGUCACAAAGUGAUGACACAAGACAAAUCAUCAAGUCGUUCACAGACUUUACUUCUUCAUUGUAAUGUUGGAUUCAUCCUUUCCUAUCCCUGGGAGUAGAAAUGAAAGUUUUUUUUUUGGACAUUUUAAUUAUCUUUGGACAAUAAAACAACACAUUUUGUGUUGAGAACUGAUGGACUGGUACGGAUUAAUCUCUGAUGCAGAAGCUUUACUAUAUGAAUUACUUCUCCAUCAUAUUGAUUAAUUGCAUACACCGCUUUUUCAUACUAUCUGACUUUGAGAGGGCAUCAUAUCGUAUUUGCAAAUUAUGUUUGAUGUUUUUUUGCUAUGUCAAAAAAAAGUUACCAUAUUUUGAUGGUUAAAAAUAAAUUAUGUUAAAAACA